AUGAAUGGUCAUAUUUACGUUAAUGCAUUUUCGUUGCUACUAAACUACCAUUUGUGGUAUGUUUUGACAUCCGUUCGUGUUGAUUCCAUUUGGAGGGAUUCAAGAGCAAACAAACUUUUCAUGGUUCUCAUUGAUCAAAAUAGAGAGAAAUUGUUAGCAGUUGUUCCACAACAAAUGAUGCGCUUUAUUUAUGGAGGGAAUCUAUUGGGUGGUGUGUUUUCUUUAAACCAUUUCCAAAUCGAACCAACCUAUGCUGAGUAUCCGAGAUACCAAGAAUACAGUUUAUUACGUGGUGAUUUGAUGAUUAAGAUCAGCAACAACACGCGGUUUAAUCGUUUGGCCGAUGCUAUCAUAUCAUGGUUUCCGAUUUUCCCAUUGGUUCCCUCAAUAAAAAGUUUAGUAGAAGAUCGGACAGAGAGAAAAAUGAUGAUCGAUAAGGGAAACGAAAAUUGUGAUGAUUCCCAAAACCCGAUAGAUAUAGAAAAAGAAAAUCGAAAAAGAUACAAUAGAAACUAUUAUGCACGAAAAAAGGAGAAAAACAAAAAGAGAAGAAUAGCUAACGGUGAAGGAUGUAGUCAACCUACAACACUCACAAGUUGCACUAUAAUGGAGACAAACGAAACAAAUAUCAACGAAGAUUCCUCUGUGAGUGUUAUAAGUGCUGCUCAGAGGACGAGUACUUAUAAUAAAGAAUAUUAUCAACGAAGAAAGGAACGAACUAUGAUGACAAAAAGAAGAGUAUACGCCUUUCAGGACGAUCCGUAUGAUUUUGUUUAUGAAAAUAUCCGUAUGGAACAUCGUAUAUUAAAGGCUCAAAACCCUUGUGUUUAUUGUGGAGCAAAGCGACUACAAUAUGAAUUCCCUACCUUUUGUUGCAUGAGUGGGAAGACAAAACUGGCACACUCCCCUAUUCCCACAGAGUUGCACCAACUCUUCACAAGGCAAGAGCAGCUAGAAGAAAGCUUCAGGUACAAUAUAAGGGCGUAUAACUCAAACUUUUCUUUCGCAUCACUAGGUGUAAAUGUGGAUAAAGAAUUGGCCAAUAUGAAUUCCGGAGUUUACACUUUUUGUGCGCACGGAACACUCUAUCAUAAUAUAGAUCAGCUAAUUUCAAGGGAUGGUAAAUCGAGGUAUUUACAGUUGUAUUUUUAUGACGGUGAAGCUGACAUAUCACAAAGAUCCUCCUGGAAGAAUGUUGAUAGAAGAAUCAUCCAAAAACUAACACGUAUUCUAGCUUCGAAUCCGUACGUUAGAACAUUUAAACAACUUUCUGAUCUAGGACCGCUUGAUAAUUAUAGAGUGACUUUGAAUGCAUCAGUGGAGCUUGACCAAAGGGUGUACAAUAAGCCUACGACAUCUGAGGUUGCUGGUAUUUGGGUUGAAGGAAAUGACAACAUCACUGCAUAUAAAAGAAGUAUUAUUGUCUACGGGAGGUCUAACUAUAGUACUGAAAUUCAACCUCACUUUGGUUUUUAUGAUCCUUUGUCGUAUCCUUUAUUCUUUCCUAAUGGUGAGUCUGGAUGGCAUCCUAAAAUACCAAGAUAUGGGGUGGCCAUGGAUGAAAUUAUUAGUGACAAUGAAGACAAUGAUGAAGGUUCAGAAGGAUCUACUUCAAAAAAAGGCAGAAACACUGUAAGUAUGCGGGAGUACUAUUGUUACAAGUUCCAGAUACGGUCGAAUGAUAAUGUGAUUUUGAUGGGAGGGAGAUUGUUCCAGCAGUUUGCAAUAGAUACCUAUAUAAAGAUUGAGACUACACGUUUGGUUUUUGUUGAAAAGAACCAAACCAAAAUUAGAGCUGAUUUAUACCAGGGCAUUGUUGAUUGUUUUAAUGCCGGUGAGGCUCAACCAAGUAGGGUUGGACAGAGAGUUGUGUUACCUGCAAGUUUCAUUGGAGGUCCACGUGACAUGCGCCGAAGAUUUCUGGAUGCCAUGGCUUUAGUUCAAGAUGAUGGGAGUCCUGAUAUAUUUCUUACAAUGACUUGCAACCCAAAAUGGAAAGAAAUCGAUGAUGAGUUAUUGCCUGGACAGUCAGCUCAAGAUCGACCGGACCUUGUUGCAAGAGUUUUUCAUGCUAAGUUAGAGGAUCUCAAGGUACAAUUAUUGCAGAGACAUAUAAUCGGUGUGGUGGGGUCAUAUGUGUAUGUGAUAGAGUUUCAAAAGCGUGGAUUGCCACAUGCACAUUUCCUCUUAAUAAUGACCCCUGGAUAUAAGAUGAAUAAUCCAGACGAUUAUGACAAACUUGUGUGUGCGGAAAUUCCCGACCCAAUAAGGUUUCCUAAAAUGCAUGAUCUUGUCAAAAGUCACAUGAUGCACGGUCCCUGUGGUAGCUUACGAGAAAAAAGUCCGUGUAUGCAGGGUGUGCCAAAAAUAUGUCGUUUCAGAUAUCCUAGGCAAUUCAAUGAAAAGACAUCACAAGGAGAGGACUCAUAUCCAUUAUAUAGAAGGAGAAAUAAUGAAAUUGAGGUUACUGUAAGAAAUACAUCAUUGGAUAACAGAUGGGUGGCUCCAUACAACCCGAAGUUGUUAAUGAUGUUUAAUUGUCAUAUCAACGUUGAGGUUUGUUCGAGUAUAAAGUCUGUGACGUACCUCUUCAAAUAUGUUUAUAAGGGCCAUGACAAACAAGUUAUCCAUAUUGAUAAAGACCAAGAAAAUGUUGUUAUUAAUGAGAUAAAAAAGUUUCAAGACGCACGUUAUGUGUCCCCUCCCGAGGCAUUAUGGCGAGUUUUUAGCUUUCCUCUAUCAAAAAUCCACCCUUGUGUGCUGGCGUUCCAAAUACAUCUCCCGAAUCAACAGUUGGUUAGGUUCAAAGACGUUGACAGAAUGGAAGACAUUGUUGAUAGAGAGAAAGAAAAAGAUUCAAUGUUGACGGCAUUUUUCAAGAAGAAUAAAGAAGAUUCCAAAGCGAGAGAAUAUUUGUAUAAGGAUUUUCCCAAACAUUUUACAUGGAAUCGGAGCAACCAUUGUUGGAGGAUCCGGGAACAUAAAUCAAUGGUUGGUCGACUUGUUUAUGCUAAUCCAGCUAAAGGAGAGAGAUACUACCUACGCCUGCUUUUAUGUCAUAUCACCGGGCCUACCUGCUUUGAAGAUUUAUACACAGCAAAUGGUGUAUUACACCCUACAUUUCGAAAAGCAGCUCUUGAAAGAGGUUUAAUAGAGACGGAUGAUAAUUUAUCACAGUAUCUUGAAGAGGCUUCCUUAUUUCAAUUUCCCAGCGCACUUAGAAGGUUAUUUGCGACGAUGCUGAUUUUUUGUGAACCAGGAAAUGUUUGCAAGUUAUGGGACGACCACUAUGAUUCUCUUUCUGAAGAUUACAGGAAACAAUAUGGAUGCGCCGAGCGAGUGCAAAAUAUGGUCCUCAUCGACAUUAGAGUCUUCCUAGAAUCUAUGAGUAAAAAGCUUAGUGAUUACGACCUUCCAAAGGUCAGUGAACACAUCGAUUUACAAUCAAGAGGCUAUCGUGAGGUGCAAGAAGAAUACUCUAUAAAUGUGGAAUAUGAAGACUUACAUGCGCGAGACUCUCUCAAUCCAGACCAGAAGUUUGCAUAUGAUGAGAUAAUGAGGCAUGUGGAUCAAAAUAUUCCGGGUGUCUUCUUCAUAGAUGGUCCCGGUGGAACUGGAAAGACAUUUUUGUACAAAGCUUUGUUGGCUAAUAUUCGUGCUUGUGGUCUUAUUGCACUUGCAACUGCCACGUCAGGUGUUGCGGCUAACAACAUGCCAGGAGGGAGAACAGCUCAUUCACGAUUUGGAAUUCCGCUCAAUCUUGAUAAUAACUCGAUGUGCAAGAUCACUAAACAAAGUGGGAAGGCUCAGGUACUUCGCGAGGCAAAGGUAAUCAUAUGGGAUGAAGCAGCAAUGGCUAAGAGGCAGGCAGUAGAAGCAGUUGAUCGCACAAUGCAAGACAUCACAGAUGAGAAGCUCCCUUUCGGUGGAAAGAUAAUGGUUAUGGGAGGUGACUUUAGACAAGUGUUACCGGUCGUGAGACGUGGCACUCGAGCACAAAUUGUCGACUCUAGCUUACGAAUGUCACCUCUAUGGGCUUCAGUUAAAAGGCUUCGAUUAAGUAUCAACAUGAGAGCGGUAAAUGACCCAUGGUUUUCUGAUUUUUUAUUACGAGUCGGUGAUGGAAAGGAGGAAACAUUGGACGAGUCCUAUAUUCGUAUACCUGAUAACAUGUCCAUUCGGUACACUGAUAAAACUAAAUCAGUGGACGCUCUGAUUGAUGCAAUAUUUCCUUCUUUGGAAUCCAACGGCGCCGACUCAAAAUUUAUCAUUUCGAGGGCGAUACUGUCAACUAAAAAUGAAAGUGUUGAUGAGAUUAAUAAUAAGUUGAUCGAACGAUUUUCUGGCGAGCAAAAAGUUUACUAUAGUUUUGAUGAAGCGGAAGAUGACAAAAAUAACUUAUAUCCGAUGGAGUAUUUGAACUCGCUAAAUGUUAGUGGUGUACCCCCUCAUUAUCUUCGGUUAAAAACUGGGUGCCCUGUAAUACUUUUGCGAAAUAUCGAUCCUUUAAAUGGGUUAUGUAAUGGCACCAGAUUGAUAUGUCGAGCUUUCCAACAAAAUGUCAUUGAUGCAGAGAUAGCGGUUGGCCAACAUGCUGGAAAAAGAGUGUUUUUACCAAGAAUUCCUCUAUGUCCUUCUGACGAUGAGAUGUUCCCAUUCAAACUUAAAAGAAAGCAGUUUCCAAUUCAGCUUAGUUUCUCUAUGACAAUCAAUAAAGCUCAAGGACAAACAAUUCCAAAUGUAGGUGUUUAUCUACCAGAAUCGGUAUUCUCACAUGGCCAGCUUUAUGUGGCGUUGUCCAGAGGAAUAUCACGUGUCAAUACCAAGGUAUUAGUAAAGCCGGAAAAAACGUUUCAUAAUGAUGGAAUCUACACAUCAAACGUUGUGCUAGCAGAUGAAGCAACAUGA